CUCUAAUUUAAGUAAACUCACACUUACCUGCCCCCCUUGCCCACCAGCGGCGUUGUCACCGUUGGGGGACAGUGCUGCUUUAAUUGACUACCAUGGCUAACUAGACUAUAAAAAAUGAAAUAUUUAUUACUCAGUGCUUCACCUUUGUACUGGAAAAAAAAAAGUACCUGUUUUUAUCUGAUUUAGUCCAUCAAUACACAAGCCUUGUUUUAUUAUCCCUUAUAUAAAGGACAUGUCUGGGCUUGCCUCAUGUACCAGGAAACACAGGUAACACAGUGCCAGAAGCUAUAAAAGGCAGUAUGUGUAUUCACACAGCUACAUUCCCAGUCCCAUAGCUGCAGCAGUCUCCCUGGAACUAUCUGAGCUCCCUCAGUACCUCCCUGGCCCUUUUCACACCACUGGUUUGGAAGCUGCAAGGUUUGGGUUUGACCUUCUACAAAUGGCGUCCCGGUGAGGGACAUGACGUAACUUCCGCCCAGUUGCUGCCUUUUUUCUCCUAUAUACUGCGCACAGCUUCCGGUUUCCCUCCUUUUCUACAGCGGCCGCAUCCUGCGAACAUGCCUGUGAGUGCGGGGAGCGAACAGCGGGCCGGGGGAGGCAGCGCUGCGGGCCGGGAAUCACUGGGGGGGCCGGGGAUUGAGGCCUCGGCUCUGCCUGGGGCUCCCUGUGGGGGUCUGGGCCGGCAGAGAGCCGGGGGGAUAGGGAGAGACAGCUCGGGGGAGAGAGGCCGCAGCCUGGCCAAGAUGGCGGAGCAGGCAGCGAGGAGUAAAGCAAGGCCGGCUCUGGGGACUCCCUGAUCUGGGGGUCCAGCAGCCCAGGGCUGGGAUAGGGGGGCCUGGACACUCACACAGGGGGGUGAGGGCUGUGUGCACCCCACUCAGGGGCCAUGCUGGACAGAACAUAAAAAUGUGCAAUCACUUAGGCUGAUCAGCCAGGGGUGAGCUGACAAAAUCUACCUGAAUAUGUCAGCAGUGAAUAUCACUAAGUAUUAGCACAUUCUUUUUUUUUUUGUUUUCUUUUUUUUUUAAAUGGGAUAUUGUGCAAGAGUAGCUAACUAAUACUAUUAAAUAAUAAUUUUAAUGGUGCUACAGUGAUUUGGUUUGCAAUAUCAACUUCCAGAUUAACUCCCCAUGUUUCCUGCUGUAGCAAAAGUUAAAAUCUAAAUGAAACUGGAGGAUAAAGUGGCUGGUCUUUAAAAAAAAAAAAAAUCUCCAUUCUCUAAUGCAACUGGCAUUGCUUUGCUAUAUUUUUAUUUGCAGAGAUUAGGGAAUAACCUGUUUUGUGAGAGAGGGGACAUUAUUUUGACUAUAAAUUCCUACCUAUCCAUGUAAUUCUAAAUGGAGAAGGCUUUUCUAGUUUAACGUCUGUAUUUUAUUUUCUUGUGAAACAAAUUCUUUAUCCCCCCUAAACAGCUCGCUAAGGAUCUCCUGCAUCCCUCUCCUGAAGAGGAAAAGCGCAAACACAAGAAGAAACGUCUGGUUCAGAGUCCUAACUCUUACUUUAUGGACGUCAAAUGCCCAGGUAGCCUCAAUAUCUUAAUGGCUUUGUACCCGAUAAGUCAGCUGUGUCCUAUAUCGGGCCUGUGACAUUGCUAUGCUUCAUACUGAUUUUAAAAUUAAAUACUUUAACGUUUGUUUUCCUGCAGGCUGCUACAAGAUAACCACGGUGUUCAGCCAUGCCCAGACUGUGGUCCUGUGUGUGGGAUGCUCUACAGUCCUCUGCCAGCCAACAGGCGGCAAGGCCAGACUCACAGAGGGUAAGCGUCUUUAACGUGUGCUUAACUUGCGGAAACCUUAAUUCUUCGUUCCCCCUGGCUGCUUGUGGCGUGAUAACAGGAUUUUACACUGAUUCCUGGUCAUUGAUCUUAUCACUAAUAUUGUGGAUGGAAAGAGACUCAUGAACAACUUUGGAAGCAGGCUUUUUGGAUUAACCCAUAUGGUACUAUUCUUGCCAAAGUGAUAAUAUAAACCCAAAUGUUGUACUUUAACUAAACGUUGCAUCUUGUAUAGCAGAGUAGUUUCCUUUGAAUGUUAUGCCCUGUGUGGGAGAGUCUUUAACACUUUGUAUCCAGUGUGUGUUACCUCUCGAUAUAUUCACAAUAUAUGGUCUAAAUUGUCAAAGAUUCAAAUUUUGUUAACGAAAAGUGUUGGCUAGUUAAGUUUUAAUUUUAUCUAUGAAAGCUAUGAACAUUUUAUAUUUCUCUGUAUCAUCUGAAUUGAGCACAAAGCAUUCUGUAGCAGUAUAACUUCUGGCAUCCUAUUGUCCUGGCCUUGUCUGGUUGUGCAUUUAUGUCAACAGUUGCUUGUCAAAGAUUACUUAUUGCUCAUUAACAUAUCAUUCAUUUGACAAACUUGAUGUGUAUGUAUCGGCCAGCAAAUAAAAAUGAAAGCAAAUUAAGAAGCCACGAGGCAUGUACAGACUUUAACGGAAACCACUAUAGAAUGAAUAUAAUUUCUAGCACCAAAGCACUCCACAGCAUUUACAACCAUAUGAUCGGGAUAACAAGCCAAUGACCUAAAAAAUGUCAGACAACAGGUGAGAGCCCUACCCAAGAAGAAAGCUCUACGAGGAAGGGGUAUAGACACAGAGGAAUAACAGAUGUAUAUUAGCAACAUGACAGCAUUAACAAAAUCCAAAAUACCAGAGUAUUGCAGUAUGCCAUGAUACCAUUUGUUUUAUUGGACUAACCUAAUAUUUCAAAAACAAGCUUUUGAGAGUUUUCCCCUCUUCCUCAGGUCUGAAGCAAUACUGAUCAGUCUAAUAGUUUAACACUUAAAACAACUGAUGUUAGAGAAGGGGGAGGGAGUGGGAUGUCAUUUUCUGGCUAUUCUCAGCCCACAUGCACCUUUCACUUUCAAGCACAUCUCCUACGAAAGUCUACAUAUGUAGUUAUUGUUUUGCCUUUUGUUAAUGCUGUCAUGUUGCUAAUAUAAAUCUGUUAUUCCUAAAUCUAUAACCCUUCCUCGUAGGGCUUUUUUUUUUUUUUUUUUUUCGCAGCGGCCUUCACCUGUUGUCUCUGACAUCUUGUAUGUUGUUGGCUUGUUAUCCCCAUCCUAUGGUUGUAUAUGCUGUGGAGUGUUUUGAUGCUACAGAAAUUAUAUUCAUUCUAUAGUUGUUUUUUUUUUUUUUUUUUCGUUAAAGCCUGUGCAUGUUUCUUGUGGCUUCUUCUUAAUUUGCUUUAAUUUUUAUCUCCUGGCUGGUACAUUUACAAACGUGCUCAAAAUUUACACUUACAAUUGCCCAAUAGCCUUUGGCAAGUUGAAAUUCACCCCCUGUAAAUGCACAGUAUAGUAGUGUAUGAAUUUAAAUUUUUAGGUCUGCUUACUAAGAAUUGGAAUACCGCACAAAUUAGUAAUUUUAUAUUGAUGGCAAAGUUCUAAAAUAAGAUUCUAUCAUCUAGCCAAACUUAAUUUAUUUUUAUUUUUCCUUUCCAUAGGAUGCUCUUUCCGACGGAAGCAGCAUUAGGUUUUCCUGACGUAGAUGCAGCAACUACACUCUAUGCAGGGACUCUCCUGCAAAUCGUGAAGGACAAGGCCUAAGGGGGAUAGAUCGACCUGAUUCCAUUGUGGACACUGUAACCUCUUAUCCCUUGUCUAUCAAUAAAUUUUGGAUACGAUUAGCUUUAUGCUCUUUCAAGUAAUUCUUUCAAGGGAUGAUUUUCCUAUUUUGGGGAGAUGAGGAAAGAUCUGUUGCCAUCCCCAAGGAGAUUAAUUUCUGAUGUGGGAUUGUUGGGCGUCAUCGAUGUCAUUCAAUACCUUACUGAUUAUAUCAAUUAAACAUCAUUCCAAUAUCAGGAA